AAUUUGGGGGAAGCCAAGCUACCGUUUUGAUUGACUCCAUAGUUGUGAACAAAGAAAAUUCCUCGCUGAUGAGACGAAUCCCUCUCUUUCUAGUCUUUACCUCCAAUCAAAUCCCUUUCAUAUUCACUCUUCAGCUAAGUCUUCCCUUCAACUUCCACUCCGUUGAUUGCUUCCAAGAAAACCCACAAUUUAUUUCCAACUUUUGAAGUGGGAAAUUUCCCCUUCUUCGUCUUCACUUCCACUCUUUCCCACAUUUUCACCAAACCCUCGAAUCGCCGCCAUCGAUCCAUAACAUAACCCUUUUUUCGAAGCAAUUUGAUGCUUCAAAUCCAAUUUUCCGAUGACCCCACGUUGUUAAUAGUUAGUCCUGUGAGGUUCUUGUUAUAACACAGCCUUGGUUUUGUGUUUUUGUUUGUUUCUUUCAUCUUGUUCCUGCAGUGAUAGAAGCUUGGAUGGUGAAACCGGAUUUGGGUCUGUCUGUGGAAUUGAGCUUUGAUUCUGAGUCAUGAGUUAAGACGAAGAUCUGCUUGCUUCCGACCGUGGAGGUUUUGAUGGAGGUUUUUGGUCCUUACCCUUUUGAAUAUUUAGUCUCUUCUCAAAUGGGUAUAGGCUGUUUUGUAUGUUUGUGUUUUGAAGCCAUGGAUUCCUUUGCUGCUGCUUUGAAUAGUGGUAUUUGAGAACUGGUGUUCUUUUUUGUGCUAAGUUAAUUAUGGCUAUUAAUCAGAAACCUCGCUUCAAAGAUGCUGCUCUUAGACGUUUUAAAUUGGUUGUUUUUGUGGCAUUAUUGGGGUUAUUGCUGUUUAUGAUUCUUAUGGAAACGAAUUCGUUUCGGAAUUUUGCUGCUUGGUCUUCUGAUGAUAUUGAUGAGGAUCCAUAUCUUGGUUUUGAUCGUUUUGAUUCUAAUGAUGUACUCAGGCUGCCAAAACAAAGUGAGUUGUCAAUUCGUUUAGAAAAGCGAAAUUGGUUGCCGCCUCAAAACUUAGAUCUAUAUCCAAAACUAGCCAAGGAUCAUAUACCUAUAGUACUUUACGUGCACAACCGACCACAGUAUCUUCGAGUGGUAGUCGAUAGCCUGUCCAAAGUUAUAGGAAUAAGUGAAACCUUGCUAAUUGUUAGCCAUGAUGGGUACUUUGAAGAAAUGGACAAGCUUGUCCGGAGCAUCAGGUUUUGCCAAGUGAAACAGAUUUUUGCUCCCUACUCUCCACAUCUCUUUCCCAACAGCUUUCCUGGAGUCUCGCCUUCAGAUUGUAAGGGCAAGGAUGAUCCUAAGACAAUACAUUGCAGAGGGAAUCCCGAUCAGUAUGGAAACCAUCGGUUGCCUAAAAUUGUUUCGUUAAAGCAUCAUUGGUGGUGGAUGAUGAACACGGUGUGGGAUGGAUUGAAGGAGACGCGGGGGAUAUCAGGUCAUAUUUUGUUUAUUGAGGAAGAUCAUUUUAUUUUGCCAAAUGCAUAUCGGAAUCUGCAAUUACUUGUGACAUUGAAUCCUAAAAAAUGUCCUCAUUGCUAUUCUGUGAAUCUAGCUCCAAGUGAUGUGAAGUCAAGAGGAGAGGGUAACAAUUUUCUAGUUGCAGAGAGGAUGGGUAAUAUCGGUUAUGCUUUCAAUCGGACUAUUUGGAGGAAGAUCCAUAAACAAGCAAAGGAGUUCUGUUUUUUCGAUGAUUACAAUUGGGAUAUAACGAUGUGGGCAACCGUUUACCCCUCGUUUGGUAAGCCCGUUUAUUCAUUACGAGGACCUUGGGCGAGUGCAGUUCACUUUGGGAAAUGUGGUUUACACCAGGGUCAGGGGGACAGGGAUGUUUGUAUUGAUAAUGGUGCGUUGAACAUUGAUGUUAGAGAUAUUGACAAAGUUGCCAACAUUAAUUCUGAAUGGCAAGUUGACGUCUUCAGACAUCAGCCUGGCUAUGGGGCUGGGUUCAGGGGUUGGGGAGGUUGGGGAGAUGAAAGAGACCGUCAGUUGUGUCUAAAUUUUGCUCACAUGUAUCAUUCCACACUAAACGGCACAAACGUAUCACAUUCCUGAAGAUUCGGUGAUGGAAUAGGGAAUAGAUUGUCAACUUGAAGUAGCCUAGAUUCACUUUUUUGUGGUUUAUUGACAUGAUUACUCAAAGAAUCAUUAUCUUAGGUCUAUUGACUGUGUCUGUACUACACUAAAGUUUCACAUUUUCGAUCAUACGUUUAAUGGGAAUGAGAUUUUGAUGCUUAUGAAAAAUGAUAUUGUAGAACUA